UUCAUUACUACUUACAGUAUAAAUAGUUACAUACUCAUUUUUUAAACGCCAAAACUCAACUCAUUUCAUCACAAUCUCUCUCUCUUUCUCACCGGAAAACUUUAAAAUACCUCCGACAGCACAGGUACGGCCAGUGACAUGGCGGAAGAGUUCGGAACCUGCGUAGAUUAUGGUUUAAGACUAUCAAAGAGAAUUUACUACGGAAAAGAAUUACCUCCGGCACCGGAACCAGAAAUGUCAAAGACAGUCUCAUGGGAGAGUUAUUUACCAACGGCGGUGAUGGUUUAUGCGGUUGUGCCAGAGCCAGAGGCAGUAGAUAAUCCUGACGUGCCAAGUUACCAGCCUUAUGUACACGGACGGUGCCAGCCACCGGCGUUAAUACCGUUGCAAAUGCAUGGCGUAGCUAUGGAUGUUGACUGCUGUUUAGAUUAUGCUAAUGUUAGUUUUAACGGCAAGUGGCGCGUGCAUUGUGUUAAGACUAGUCGAAAGUGUGAUUGUCGCAUCGCUGUACCUAUGGGAGAGCAGGGUUCAAUUCUAGGUCUUGAGGUUGACAUUACUGGAGGAUCAUAUCAUAGCCAAUUGAUUAUAGCAAAAGAAACCAUUGAUAAGGGAAAAACCAGUAAAGGAGGAGAUGGACGUUAUUUAAAAGGAAGUAUUUACACAUUCAAAAUCCCUCAGGUUGUUGGAGGGACGACAAUUUCAGUUAAAGUGACUUGGUCUCAGAAAUUGACAUAUAAUGAAGGUCAAUUCUGUCUCAAUAUACCAUUUAGCUUUCCGGCAUUUGUCAAUCCCGUCGCUAAGAAAAUCACUAAGAGGGAAAAGAUAUUGUUAAAUGUUAAUUCUGGUGUUAGCAAAGAAAUUUUAUUCAGGUGUACUAGCCAUGCAUUAAAGGAGCUAAGGCGGGAGGUGGGUAAAAUGGCUUUCUUAUAUGAAGAAGAAGUAACAACUUGGUCGAUUGCUGACUUAAAUUUUUCAUAUACUGUUGUUUCAGAAGACUUAUUCGGUGAAGUGUUCUUGCAGUCCCCACUUUUGCGUGAUAUUGAUGAGAGGCAGAUGUUCUGCUUCUACCUUUUCCCAGGAAAUAAGCAGAGUAGGAAGGCUUUCAGGAAGGAUGUUAUCUUUAUAAUCGAUAUUAGUGGAAGCAUGAAGGGGGGUCCUCUUGAGAAUGCAAAAAAUGCAUUAAUGUCAUCACUCUCCAAACUAAAUUCUGAAGAUUCUUUCAAUAUUAUUGCUUUCAAUGAUGAGACCUACUUAUUUUCAUCAUUAAUGGAGCCUGCGACCAAGGAAGCACUAUCAAAAGCUAGUCUAUGGCUUAAUGAUAAUUUAACUGCAGGUGGUGGUACAAACAUUAUGGUUCCUCUUAAACAGGCCAUGAAGCUGUUGGCUCAAACUACUGAUUCGAUUCCUCUUAUUUUCCUCAUCACUGAUGGGGCUGUACAAGAUGAAAGAGAAAUUUGCAAUUUUGUAAAGGGCUCUCUUACAAGUGGAGGACCAAUUUCUCCUCGGAUAUGCUCAUUCGGCAUAGGUGCAUACUGUAACCAUUAUUUUUUGCAAAUGCUAGCACAAAUUGGACGGGGCUAUUUUGAUAGUGCUUAUGAUGCAGAUUCAGUUGAUUUCCGAAUGCAGCGAUUAUUUACAACUGCUUCAUCAGUCAUCUUAGCCAAUGUAACUGUGGAUGCUUUGGAACAUCUUGAUUCACUUGAGUUGCUUCCAUUUAGAAUUCCAGAUCUCUCAUGUGGAACUCCAUUAGUUGUAUCAGGCAGAUAUAAUGGAAAAUUUCCGGACUCUGUUAAAAUUAGUGGCAUUUUGGCAGAUAUGAGCAAUUUCACAAUAGAGUUAAAAACACAGAAGGCAAAGGACGUGCAACUUGAUAAAGUAAUCGCAAGGAGACAAAUUGAUGUGCUCACAGCUAAUGCCUGGAUGUCAGAAAGCAAAGACCUUGAGCAGAAGGUUGCAAAAAUGAGCAUACAAACUAGGGUUCCCUCUGAAUAUACCCAUAUGAUUUUGCAUCGGACUUAUACAGGGGAUAAAGAACCAGAAACAAUUCUGAUGCAGGAGGUACUGAAUAAAAUUAAUCCACUUAAACAAGUGAAGUCAGAAAGGGAUAAGACUGUCAUGUUGGGGAAUUUAGGAGUUGGGUUUGGCAACUUGAAAGCAACGGCAGCAAAUAUUCCUCCAGGAACAGAUGCAAUAAAGUCACCUGAUGCUACAGAAAAAAUAGUUAAGGCUGCUUCCGGUUGUUGCAGCAGGCUGCUCGAUCGCUUCUGUUGCAUGUGCUUCAUCCAGACUUGUUCAAGUAUGAAUGACCAAUGUGCUAUUGUUCUCUCGCAACUUUGCGCUGCCCUUGCUUGCUUUGAAUGCGUCAAUUGCUGUUUUGAGAUCUGCGAAUGUGGCUAAGUAUAUGAUGCAAGUGAUUGCUGAAUUUAUAAAGAUGUACAUGUAACUGUAAUGCAAGUGGUUGGUGAGGAAUAUGUGAUGUGGUUGUGCAUUGUGAGAACGAAUUCCGUAUUGAAUCAUUCUACGAUGUCACCAAAUUAUUUGUUCAUACAAUUUCAUAGAAACAGAGAUUUAAACCAUAACUUCACAAAAUGGAGAACUCAAGACGGAAUCGCGGAGCUGUUAGCGGUGGUUUGAAGAACCAAGUUUGCGGAACCGCCAUUAGAAACUAAUAGUGCUCUGCAUGUAAGAGAAAUUAUAUCUUAAAGCAGUGAUUUCAUAUAGAAACUACGACUCCGCCAUGUAAUUUCUCAAGUAAAAAACAUCAACUUAUAGGUAAUUCUUACAUA